CGGUUUCUAUUUUUGACAGCUUGAAAGAGCUCCUGAGACGACGACUUGUUGAAUGCGGAUGGCGUGACCAAGUUAAAAUAAUUUGUAAGGAAUUGAUUAAAGAGAAAGGACGUGAUAUCACCUAUGACAGUAUGCUGUCAACUGUCACCAGCAGAGCCCGCACUCUUGUACCUGAUUCUGUUAAAAAAGAGUUAUUGCAAAAAAUAAAAAGCCAGUUGAUGGCACAAGAAGAAAAGUUGAAGAUUUAAGUAUUUUAUAUCUAAUUAAUGAAAAUUUUAUUUUUUUUUUAAGGCAAAUUCUUUGCUAUCAUUUUUAUUGACUCUUUUUCACGUAUUACAAAUUAAGUACAUUCAAUAAAUUUAUUUUCUGUCAACAAUU